UUGAAAAUCAUUUGACGAAUACAAUACUAUUAUGUUAUGUAAAUGCAAUUCCUAAACGAAAUAUAGGAACAGGUAUUUUUAUCCAAAAACAGAUUUUCCUCUAUGUGGUGGGUGAGAGUGAUAUUGUUACUGUUGCUGCCAUUUUCGUUUCUAUUCUGGAAAGUUACUUGCAGUUCUAGUUAUGAGCAUGAUUGUGCACUUUCAUCUUGUGGCAAAAUAUCAAAAAUAAGUUAUCCAUUUCGAUUAAAAGAUGAUCCAAUACACUGCGGUAACAGCAAGUAUGAACUAUCUUGUGAAAAUAAUGUGACAACUUUAUAUUUGUACUCCACAAAAUAUAAUGUCCGUUCCAUCAACUACAACAAUUUUACAAUCAGACUGGUUGAUCCUGGAGUUCAAGAAAUGAAUUGCUCUUCACUUCCACGCCAUUCGUUGUCUCGAUCUAAUUUCUGUGAUACUUAUGAUUACCACAACAAAUUUUGCAAUGACCCAUAUCAUGCUGUUUCAUAUAAAGAACGAAUGUUCAGUGCCGGCACAGGUUCCCAUGAACUUCUCUUUGAGCAUAUAGUUUACCUGAGUUGUACCAAUCAAGUCACUAGCAAUUCCAACUAUGUGAUUACUUCACCUUGUCUCAAUCGACACUCCAAAUCCAAAGGCAAUUAUAUUUAUGCUAUAGUUGGUGAUUUAACGGCUGAGGACUUUCAAGUUGGUUGUCAUGUGAAAUUGGUUACUCCCACUUCUUUGUCUGGUUUGCAAAGAAACGAUCUUUCCUAUGAUGCCAUUCACAAGGCGUUAGUCUAUGGAUUUGAGGUUUCAUGGCUGCAUCUUUCUUGCAAAAAUCUUUGUCUAGAUUUAGCGCCGUGCUUCUUCAACGCUUCUUCCAACGAUCCAGAACUUCAAUGCAAUAUAAAUCCCCACUGCUAUACUUUCAUGGGAUAUUGGAGCAGUGGUGAUUGUGGGUUAUGGUCUCAGCUAACUUCAUAUGCUAAAGAUACAAUCACUGCUAUCCGGAUAGGACUAAUUGAAAUAAUCAAAGGGCCAAACUCAAUUUAUGAAGGUCGUACAAACUAUAAAGUAGGACUGGCCAUAGGGCACUAUGUUCUACCAUUAUUUUUGGGGACUAGAUUUCUCUUUGGGAUAACUUUUUUUACUGCGUUGCUGAUAUACAAGUGGCUAAAAAGACAUUGGUCAAUGUAUGAAUGUAUCGAAAUAUAUCUACAACAAAACAACCUCAUGCCCAUUGGAUAUUCAUACAGAGAAAUUAAGAAAAUGGCUAGAGGAUUCAAAGAGGAAUUGGGUAAAGGAGGUUUUGGCACUGUCUUCAAAGGGAACCUUCGCAGCGGCCCUUGUGUGGCAAUAAAGAUGUUGGGCAAGUCCAAAGGUAAUGGGCAAGACUUUAUCAAUGAAGUCACAACUAUUGGAAGAAUACAUCAUUUAAAUGUGGUUCAAUUACUUGGAUUUUGCAUUGAGGGGUCAAAACGAGCUCUUGUUUAUGAAUUUAUGCGUAAUGGAUCUCUUGAUAAAUAUAUUUUCUCUAAAGAAGGGAGUAUAAAUUUAAGCUACAACCAAUUGCACGAUAUUUCAAUUGGAGUAGCUCGUGGGAUUGAUUAUCUCCAUAAUGGAUGUGAAAUGAAAAUUUUGCAUUUUGAUAUCAAGCCACACAAUAUCCUACUUGACGAGAAUUUUAUUCCAAAGAUAUCUGACUUUGGACUCGCAAAGCUAUAUCCAAUUACGAAUAGCAUUGUCACAAUGACUGCAGCCAAAGGCACAAUUGGAUAUAUGGCUCCUGAAUUGUUUUACAAAAAUAUUGGUGGAGUGUCGUAUAAGGCUGAUGUUUAUAGUUUUGGUAUGCUUUUGAUGGAAAUGGCAAGCAAGAGGAAAAACAUGAACCCACAUGCAGCGCAUUCAAGCCAGCAUUAUUUUCCCUUUUGGAUUUAUGAUCAACUUCAAAAAGAGGCAGAAAUAGAACUAGAAGAUGUUACAGAGGAGGAUAUAAAAAUAGUAAAGAAGAUGGUCAUGGUCGCUCUUUGGUGUAUACAAAUUAACCCAAACGAUCGCCCCUCCAUGAGUAAAGUAGUGGAGAUGCUUGAAGGAGAUAUUGAAAACCUUGAAAUGCCUUCGGAGCCAACUUUGUAUCCAGAUGAAAUGAUUUCAUCGGAUGAAACAACCAACUCCGACCAAAGAGUAUCAAGUGACUUCAUUAGUUCUAGUGAUAUUGGGGAAAACAUAACUAGUCCUUCACUAGAGAAUAUUUCUUCAAAGAUGUAAUUUUUUAGAAUCCGCCAUAUUUUGAAUACUUGUUCUUAUGUAAGGUUUACUGAAUUCAUGAUUAUGUUUGAUGUAUCUAAAAUCUAAUAACCCUAACUCAUUCUAGCUACUUGUAUGUAUC